ACAUCAACAAUCCUUCCAGCUUCCAGGCUAGGGCGAAGUGCCAGUGUAGCCUAGCAGCGAGGAAACUAAGCGUAAUUUUUUCGGGUAUUUCGCAGAUUUGUUUUAUUUUUUUUAUAGCUAGUGUGUUGUAGCGUCCCAGAUAUGUCGUUGUUUGGUAAGUUAUUUGGAGGAGGAGGAAAAGGAGGAAAGGGACCGAGCCCACAGGAGGCGAUCCAGAAACUCCGAGAGACGGAGGAGAUGCUAACGAAGAAACAGGAAUUUCUAGAGAAAAAAAUCGAGCAGGAACUGCAAAUUGCUAAGAAAAACGGCACGAAAAACAAAAGAGCGGCUCUGCAGGCUUUGAAAAGAAAGAAGCGGUAUGAGAAGCAGCUCGCCCAGAUCGAUGGCACACUGUCGACCAUUGAGUUCCAGAGAGAGGCUCUGGAGAACGCCAACACCAACACUGAAGUGCUCAAGAACAUGGGCUUCGCUGCCAAGGCCAUGAAGUCUGCCCAUGAAAACAUGGACAUUGACAAGGUGGACGACCUGAUGCAGGACAUUACAGAGCAGCAGGAGCUGGCCCAGGAAAUCUCUGACGCCAUCUCUAAACCUGUUGGCUUCGGAGAGGAGUUUGAUGAGGAUGAGCUGCUGGCAGAGCUGGAUGAGCUGGAACAGGAGGAGCUGGACAAAAACCUGCUGGAGAUCGGAGGGUCAGAGAACGUCCCCCUCCCCAAUGUGCCUUCAGCUUCAUUACCUUCCAGACCUGCCAAGAAAGAGGAGGAGGACGACGACAUGGAGGACCUGCAGCGCUGGGCGAUGGAAGCCAUGUAAACCCAUGCAGCAUCCUCCACGUCAUACCUGCAUCAAAGUGGGGAGUGAAAGGAGCAGCGGGGGAGUGAAUGGACUGAUAGGAUGUUGUGUAUGAGUGUUUUUGUGUAUCUGAGGAGAGCUGACCGUCAACUUUAUGUAACACUACAAAAAAGCAAAAAUGCUGUAGUCUUUCCUUUCCCGACCCCUUCACAAGCAUAGACCCCCGGGUGCUCGGCAGAACGAGCCGCUCAUGGGCUUUUAUUUUUAAGCUCUAUCACCGUACCUUGGCAAAGUCAUUUAAUAUAUUUAACCUCAAUUUUAAUACAAUACUAGCACUUCAUGGUCCCUGUGCUGGGCAGAGCUAUUUCAGGACCCACAGAGUUCAUAUUGAAUUGAAUAUUAUGAGCUCUGUGAUGUAAUAAAGGAGUUUUCAGAUUAGUGUUACGGGCUGCAUGGCCUUGUUAACGUCACUGGAUGAAAGGCAAAUCCUCAAAGAUCUGUUUCUGACUCAUAUUUACCUGUAUUUGUGGCGUUAAACUCGCUGGAUGUUUUGUCCUCCCUUUGACAAAUAUAACAAUCGUUUGCUCUUUAUUUUUUUUUUAAAUGCUGUUGAAAAUAGGUGAACAACUGAGCAUGAGCUAUGAGCUGUGUGUUUGCCACAGUCCGAACCAUUUCUUUUGUUUCAGGCUACGUGCUUUGCCCCCCCCCCCUCCUUUCACCUUCCGUCGUCAUUUCAGCGACUUUUCCUUCCCUCAGAGACGUUCUCACCAGUGGUUCUUGUUAUUUGGUGUAAAUAUCCCAAAUGUGUCUCUUUUUAUAUACUGUGUCUCUGCCGUCACUGAGAGGUUCUGUUGAGGUUGUGUGAAGCAUGCAACAGUGGGAAAUGACAAUACGGAUUCACAACGCACGGCUAGAGAGAUGUUAAACCUGAUACACUUUCAUCCUUCUCUGUCUGUCUCGGUCCUUCUCAUAAAGGUUUUUGUUUCAGAUUGUAUAACGUUGAAAAAAUAUUGAUAAUAAUAAACUAUUGUCACACCUUAUUAACUGCAUCUUUGAGGAGCUGGUGGUUUCUAAAAGAUUAGAUUAUAGUCAAUCUACAACAUCAGCAUUUUGGAGUUUAAAGAGUCAAUUUCUUUAGUUUUUCAAAGUCAUGAUGUACAUUUUUUACGUAGAAAAAAACCCAUAACACAACGACGGAUGGACAAGCAUGUUUGCAUUUCUGUUUUAUUUAUCCAGAUGAGAAUAUUAUUUGCAAAAUCAUUAAAGGUUUUCAAUUCUU